AUGCCAAUGUCACGGUGGAGUGACAGUUGCCUUAUGCUGGGCCUGGUGGCGGCGGCGGCGCUGCUGGUCUCUGGGGUGGACCCCCGGCCACGUGGGGGCCGCGCUUCUCAGCUGCACCUGGAGGCCAUCAAGCAGAGCCUCUUGGAGCGGCUGGGCCUGGAGAGGCCUCCGGUCGUCCGGCAGGCUCUGGAUCAAGACGGGCUCCGGAGGGCACGCCACGUCUACCAGGAGGUGCUAUCUCAGCUCAGAGCGAACCACACCGCGGCAGAGCCGGGAACGACCGUCCAUCUCCUAAGGCCAAAAUUGAAACGUGUGGCUGAAGAUCCACCUGGCGACUUUCAUGGGCACCUCUACAGUCUGGUGCUCUCCAGGACGGCGUCACUCCACCAGGACCUCCUGGUUCUCAGGGCUGAGCUGCGACUCUUCAAGGAGGCCCUCCGCCUUCCUGACAUCUCCAAAUCCAACUCCACCUGGCCCACGCGAGUCAACGUCUACAAACUGGGGGAUGGGGGCAGAGCGACCCCUAAACUUCUGGCCUCCUGUAUACUCUCAAGAUCCUCACCGACCCUUGACCUCAGAGGUGCUGUGGAUCGCUGGAUGCCGAGCUCUGAGCAAAGACUUCUUCUGGGGCUGGAGUUCUCAGCGGACGUGACCGCCUUGCUGGCCACCACCACGACCGCAGAAGGAACCGAGACAAUGCUGCUGGAGGUGGCGACCCGGGAGCGCGCGCGGGUGAGGAAGGCGCGGCAACUGGAUGAGGAGUGUGGAAAGGGUGAGGGGAAAUGUUGCCUGCGGUCCCUGAAGGUCUCCUUCGAGGCCAUCGGGUGGUCUGACUGGGUGGUGGCCCCCAGCAGCUACUCCAUGAAGUUCUGCGAAGGCUCUUGCCCCCACAACUACAAGCCGGCCAGCAUCCACGCCCAGAUCAAGUCGCGGCUCCACCGGCUCUCUGGGGAGACCCCGGCACCGUGCUGCGUCCCAGCUGCCUAUGAGCCGAUGGUGAUCAUGCAUUUUGGCAGUGAGGGGAAGCUGGUCACCCAGUUGUUCCAGGACAUGAUUGUCACACGAUGCCACUGUGCGUGA